AUGGCAGCUGAAGCUGGAGGCCACGUUCCUGAGUGGAAAAGGCUUAUGAGAAAUGAUCAAAGUGAUCUGAGCAGAGGGCCCUUGAAGGAUAAGACCUAUGAGGUGCUUCCUUCACAUUUGUUUCCUACAGAAGUCAAGGAGGGAGUUUCAGAUACCAACAAAAAUAGUUCUAGAGAGAGGGUCUCCAUAGAGAAUGGCAAAAAUAAGAAAAGGGGGCACAAACACAAGAAUGAAGAUAUAUUUAAAGGCUUGUCCAUCUAUUUUCCCAAAGAACAGUGGGCUGAAAUGGGAGAAUGGGAGAAAAUUCGUUAUAAGAACAUGAAGGAGAACUAUGAAUUCAUGAUUCAACUGGGUCUUCCUGCUCCUAAACCAGCAUUUAUGUAUUAUGCACGGCAGCUCCCAAAGACUGCAAAUGAGUCUUCUGAGUCAGAUGAUGAAUGGACACCAAAAUCUGCAGAUUUCCAGAGUAAAAAUGAAUGUGGAGAAAAAGAUAAAAGGAAAAUUGAGCAGCACAGACAAGUUAGCACAUACAGUUUGCGGAAGAGAGAAAGAAAAACUUAUAUGGAAAUAAAUGAACCUAGUGAUGAUGAUUAUUUGUUUUGUGAAUAUUGCCUGAUAUUUUUUAUUGAUGAAUGUUCAGUUCAUGGUCCUCCUGUUUUCAUUGAAGAUACCAUAGCAAAAAUAGGACUGGAAAAGAGAGCAACCCUUACUUUGCCUCCUGGUUUGAGAAUUGGCCCUUCAGGUAUCCCUAAAGCUGGUCAGGGAGUCUGGAAUGAAGGAGAAAUUCUGCCUCCAGGAAUUCAUUUUGGGCCCUAUGAAGGGAGAAUGUCAGAGGAAGAGGAAGCAGCCAACAGUGGUUACUCAUGGAUGAUUACCAGAGGGCAAAAUUACUAUACUUAUAUUGAUGGAAAGGAUGAAACUAAUUCCAACUGGAUGAGGUAUGUUAACUGUGCAAGGAAUGAGGAAGAGCAAAACCUUGUUGCCUUCCAAUAUCAUGGGAAAAUCUAUUACAGAGUAUGUAAGAUAAUCCUCCUUCACUCUGAGCUUCUGGUCUGGUAUGGAGAAGAAUAUGGGAAGGAGCUUGGCAUCAAGUGGGGAUCUAGAUGGAAAUCACUAAAAGGAAUAUCAUUUCCCAUGCACUUUAGAGGGUAA